AUGGACUGGGGAACUCUGCAGGCUGUUUUAGGAGGUGUAAAUAAACACUCAACCAGUAUCGGGAAGAUAUGGCUCACAGUCCUGUUCAUCUUCCGUAUCAUGAUCUUGGUUGUGGCUGCAGAGAGAGUCUGGGGAGAUGAACAACAAGAUUUUGUCUGCAACACACUUCAGCCUGGGUGCAGAAAUGUUUGCUAUGAUCACUUUUUCCCCAUCUCUCACAUCAGACUCUGGGCCCUACAGCUGAUCUUUGUUUCCACACCUGCACUGCUGGUGGCCAUGCAUGUAGCUUACACCAGGCACGAGAAGAAACGGCGAUUCAGAAAUGGUGAGAAAAUUGAUAUUGAAGAGCUGAAAAAUGAAAAGAUUCACAUUCGGGGCCCCCUGUGGUGGACGUACACCAGCAGCAUCUUCUUCAGGAUCGUCUUUGAAGCAGUCUUCAUGUAUGUGUUCUAUUACAUGUACGAUGGGUACCAGAUGCCUCGCCUGGUGAAGUGCAGUGCAUGGCCCUGCCCUAACGUAGUGGAUUGUUUUGUGUCUCGGCCCACUGAGAAAACCACAUUUACUAUUUUCAUGCUUGCUGUGUCUGGGAUCUGCAUGAUGUUGAAUCUGGCUGAGUUGUGUUACCUAGUGAUAAAAAUUUGCAUGAAAGAAUCCAGGAAAACAACAGUUUUAAAAUAA